AUGGCGAGUCCAGACGGCGGAGCUGCUCCAGCUUCCCUUGACCUUGACGAUCACCGCUCGCGCGAAGAUGGAGACUCGAUAUCGGGCAGCUCCCACAUAGGGAGUGACGCUUCGGAUAAUUCUUUAGAACGGGAAGAGUGUCGCUGGCGAACUGCUCGAUUUCAUGAUAUGGAGUGCUCUCGCUUCUUCGACUGCCCGACUCACGUCGUCGAGAGGCAUCUCUCUGGGGACGAAGACGAAGACGAAGAUAGCAAUGCGGGAGAGGGGCCGUCACGGCAGCUUCAGACGGCUAGUGACAGAGCCGAAAGCUCUUUGAGCACCAGUCAAGAGCCACAAGUAGCGAUCUCUACCGUGGCGGCAGGUUCUCCUGAGCGGGACCCAACAAGCUUUGCGCCCGGGCCUGAGGAGACCAAUACGGAGCAAACGCCGGAGCCAGCAGAGACAGCACGGGCAACUUCGGCACAGGAGAUCGAAGAAUCUGAAGAGUCUCAGGAUCCCGAAGAACCCGCGCCGGCACCACCUACACCACUGAGCUCGCGGCUGUCUGAAUCCUCUGUUCAUUCUCAACCUCUCCCACCAACAGCCACGCCUACUCAACCCACCGGAGAGUUCGUCCCGCCGCAGAGGACUUCAAGUCUGGUCACAUCCCAAGCUGCAGCUGCAUCUGCGCAAGAACUAACUCUUCGCCCGGCUCUGGUACCUCGUCGAUCGCAAGAAGCGCCUCCGCCGCCGCCCAGGAGGUCGAGUUCCUCGUUUGCUCCUUUGCCUGUUCCGCGCAACCAGCAAUCACCUGAGGAACGGCGAGGUCCUCCGGAGAUCAACUUGCCACGGUGGCAGCCCGACGCAGAAGUGACCUAUUGCCCUAUUUGCCACACGCAAUUUAGUAUAUUCGUAAGUUUGCUUGGUGGAUGUGUCAACGCGACUCAUGUUCUGACAGUGCUCAGGAAAUGUGGCAGAGUUGUUUGCAAUUCUUGCUCGCCUCACAGAAUCACUAUCCCUUACCAGUACAUCGUACAGCCCCCAGGUCAACCACGCCUGGCCGCGCAGAGAUACCCGUCGUCCCUCAUCAGUGGUGAGGGAGGAUAUGCCGAUUUCAGCAGUCUAGGGGGCGGAGAGCGCGUUCGUCUAUGCAACCCAUGCGUCCCUGACCCGAAUACUACGCCUCCACAGCCGCUUGACUCGCCCUCGCAAUUAUCACCUCGAGGAUCUCAUUACAGGUCGCAGAGCAGCAUCAGCACGAUGUCCAGCAACGCACCGCCACCUAGCAGGUUCUCGGGCUACUUCACGGCAAGCCCUUCCCAGGAUGCCUAUGCAAGAUAUAGGAGCAUCACGCAUUCCGGUCCUGGUGGGCCUUCAAGCUCUCGCGGACAUUACCACUCCACUCAAAACCGGAUUAUGGCCGGGACACCUCCAACGUACUACCCUUCCUCAUCGGCGGUCUAUCCGGGCUCAUCCCGUUACCGGUCCAUGCUGGACGUCGGACCCUCGUCGUCGUCUUCGUCGGCCGCACAGAACCGCGCUCUGCCGCCGCCGCCGCAGAUCGCCGAGGAGGACGAGUGCCCCGUCUGUCACCGAGAGCUACCCUCACGCACCUUGUCAAAUUUUGAACACUUACGUGAGAAGCACAUCAAUACUUGCAUUACCUCGCACAGCACAUACGGCGGCACGCCAACAGGCGAAACGCCGCCAUCCGGUACCCCGCCGCCUCUAGCCGCGCGCCGGACGGGAAUGUUCCCCUAUGUUGCUACGGAGAAGGAUUGCGUAGACUCUGCGGAAUGCACUAUCUGCCUUGAAGAGUUCGAGGUUGGUAUCCCUAUGGCGCGGUUGGAGUGCUUGUGCCGUUUCCAUCGGUCUUGCAUUUCGGCCUGGUUCGUCAAUCACCCUGGACGCUGUCCCGUUCACCAGCAUGAUAGUUUUGGCUAUUGA